AAUCUAUAUGAAUGUGCAACUUAAAUUUGUUUCCAUUAAUCCUCAGUGGUUAGAAACAUGAAGAUAUUCAAGGUCCUUUCAAAAAGUCUGAUUGGCUCCUCCCACCUCAUGAUGUGUUAGCAGCGGAUCUCUGAACCCUCUCCUGAUUGGUCCAUUUCCAAGACUACCGCCAUAUUCAAAGUUCCGCAGCGGUGUGUGUUGUUAUCGAUCUCCUAUUUCUUUGUACACAUCAGACUAUUUUUUUUCAUAUGUAUGGACUUAACUUAGCUCGCUUAGCAAUAGCUUCAUUUCCAGUGUAACUGAUUUCAAAACAAAGCCUCCCACAAAAUGGAAGAAAAUGAAGAAGUUAGUGGAAGAACGGUGGAAAACAAAACGCAGAAACUUCGCAGGAUGUCAUCGAGGACGUGCACCGCCAGUGUCAUUACCGCUGCAGAGCCCUCUCCACAAACACUCCGAAGGAACAAAUCCAAAAAACCUCCACUGCAGAGAGUCAGCUCCUUCACCUUUCUCACUCCAGGGACUCCAUGGGACUUCAGUCUAAAGAGAAAGCGCAGAGAUCAGGAGGAGGAUACAGUUAGUCUGUCCAGUUUUGACAUCAAGGAACCCAGUAACAAGCGUGUACGACCACUGGCCAAAGUUUCAUCCCUUGUCAACUUGAUAUCUCCUUCAAAGAAUGGAGCUGUGCGGCGCUUCGGCCAGACCAUACAGUCAAUGUCAUUACUUGGUGAAACCAAGUCACCAGGAAUGUCCCUCAAAGCCAGCAGCAAGACAGCAGGUCCCACUCCCACUAAACGCAGAAACAGCACACUGUGGUCAGAGACACUGGAUAUCCAUCAAAAGAGCACAUUCUCCACCAAAGAGAUUAAGAGACAAGAGGCAAUUUAUGAGCUUUACAGGGGAGAGCAGGAUCUUAUUGAAGAUCUUCAACUUGCACGAAAGGCAUACCAUGAUCCCAUGCUAAAGCUGUCCAUCAUGACAGAGGAGGAACUAGCUCACAUAUUUGGGGACUUGGAUGCAUACAUCCCCUUACAUGAGGACCUGUUGAUGAAACUAACAAAGGGAACUGGCCCCAAUGGAACAGUGGCUCAGAUCGGGCAGAUAGUAAUAGACUGGCUGCCUGGUCUGAAUGCUUACAAAAACUACUGCAGCAACCAGCUUGCAGCCAAAGCCCUGCUGGACCAGAAGAAGCAGGACAGGCGGGUCCAGGACUUCCUGCAGCGCUGUCUGGAGUCCCCUUUCAGCAGAAAACUGGACCUCUGGAGCUUCCUGGACAUCCCACGUUCACGCUUGGUGAAAUACCCGCUGCUGCUGCGAGAGAUCCUUAGACACACUCCUCCUGAUCACCCAGAUGUAGUCAGCCUGGAAAAAGCUAUCACUAUAAUCCAGGAGAUCCUGUCUGAAAUCAAUUUGAGGAAAGGAGAAUCUGAAUGCAAGUACUAUAUAAACAAACUGGAGUACUUGGAUGAAAAGCAGCGGGACCCUCUCAUAGACAACUGUAAGGCCCUACUUUGUCACGGUGAACUGCGGAACAAGAGUGGCUUGAGGCUGCACGUGUUCCUCUUCUCUGAACUGCUGGUUCUGACCCGACAAGUGACACGCAAUGACAGGAACUGCUUCCAGGUGUAUCGACAGCCCAUCCCAGUCUGGGACUUGGCUGUAGAAGACGUGCAGGAUGGAGAAGUCCGUGUAGGGGGGUCAUUCAGAGGGGCUUUUACCACUGGAGAGAAAGCUAAGAAUGUGUUCCGUGUGAGCUCUAUGGAUCCAUCCCAUGGCCAGUCCCACACCCUGUAUGUCAACGAUGUCUACCACAAGCAGCAGUGGCUAAACUGUCUACGCACUGCACUGGCUCAGCAACAGGGGCCUCCACCGACACUUCAGCAGGGAGAGGCCAUCAGAGCCAAACUCCCCUCUUCCACCAUCUGUAAAGAAGAUACAGAUGAAAACUGUCCACCUGCCUCUGGCCCUACACUUCGGCGUCAGACACUCUCUAAAACCAGACUGGACCGGAAGUUACAACGCUGUAUAAAGAGGAAGGAGACGGGAGUAUAGACAUGUAGCCGGACCUCUCAGCCAGGCACAUAACACGUGUCCUCUUUCACAGUGAAUUUUAAUAUUCCCUAUGUGUUUUAGCUUUGUCUCUGUAACUGUACGGAAGUCUUCCGAAUCAUUUCCGUACAAAUUUUAGUCUUUAAAAAGUAAAAUUAGUUUACAAAAAGUGAUGUGUGACUGAAAUGUAUGCUUACACCAGCUAAAUGUAUGUCAAACUGGGGUUUCUGUGUAUAAAACUGUUUUAUACUACCUGUAGCUCUUUUGUUUCUUGGUUAUUUUGUGUCAGCACAUUUAACCGUAUGUAUUUUGCUGUAAUCAAAAUGUCAUUGCUUCUAUAUUAUAGGCAGUGUGCAGUUUAAAUGUUUUCUCUGUUAGGAGGGGGUGAAGCUGAGAAAUGGUGAGAGCCUCAACUGUGUGUACAGGAAGCAGUGGGGUGAGAGGAAGCUAAACAUGUUUGAGAAAGAGUUAAGAUAAUGAUCACCAAUACCAUAAGGUAACAUUUGAGGGGAAAAAAGGGUCACAUUUAUCUAGAUGUACUUU